AGAUGGGAAAUUUUGUCGCCUUCCCCGUAGUAAAUAUAUAUAAAUAAAUAAAGCUUCACUCUUCCAGGUCCUCUCUUUCCCGCCACUUCUCUUAGACAAUACCCGCUUUCUCUUCGGUGAUCGAAAGCAAGAAGAAGAAGACGAAGAAGAUGUUGUGGGUAGACAAGUACAGACCCAAAACCCUAGACCAGAUUAUGGUUCAUGAAGACAUUGCCCAAAACCUCAAGAAACUUGUUACUGAACAAGAUUGCCCGCAUUUGCUAUUCUAUGGCCCCUCUGGUUCUGGGAAGAAAACCCUAAUCAUGGCCCUUCUUCGGCAGAUUUUUGGUCCCAGUGCUGAAAAGGUGAAGGUGGAAAACAAGACAUGGAAAAUUGACGCUGGAAGUAGAACUAUUGAUGUGGAGCUUACUACAUUGUCAAGUUCGCAUCACAUUGAGAUGAGUCCUGGUGAUGUAGGCUUCCAGGAUAGAUACAUAGUACAAGAGGUAAUCAAAGACAUGGCUAAGAAUCGUCCUCUAGUUGACGCGAAAGGGAGAAAAGGAUAUAAAAUAUUAGUGCUCAAUGAGGUUGACAAGCUUUCAAGAGAGGCACAGCAUUCUCUACGUAGAACUAUGGAGAAGUACAGUGCUUACUGCCGGCUUAUUCUUUGUUGCAACAGUUCUUCAAAGGUUACUGAAGCAAUUCGGUCUCGUUGUCUGAAUGUGCGAAUAAGUGCACCUUCAGAGGAACAGAUUGUUAAGGUAUUAGAGUUCAUUGGUAAGAAAGAAGGCCUGCAACUUCCACAUGGAUUUGCUGCUCGUGUAGCUGAAAAAUCAAAUCGAAGUUUAAGGAGAGCCGUACUUUCUUUUGAGACUUGCCGAGUCCAACAGUAUCCUUUCACAAGUAAUCAGCCAAUACCUCCAAUGGAUUGGGAGGAAUAUGUUUCUGAAAUAGCAUCUGACAUAAUGAGAGAGCAGAGUCCUAAAAAGCUUUUUCAGGUCCGAGGGAAGUUGUAUGAACUACUUAUUAAUUGUAUUCCUCCUGAUAUUAUUCUGAAGAGGCUGGUCAAUGAAUUAUUGAAGAAAUUGGAUGAGGAAUUAAAGCAUGAGAUCUCCCAUUGGGCUGCAUAUUAUGAACAUAGGAUGCGUCUCGGACAGAAAGCCAUAUUUCACCUUGAAGCUUUUGUGGCCAAGUUCAUGAGUAUAUACAAGGCUUUCCUGAUUGCUACAUUUGGCUGAAGAAGAUAGAAUGGAACUAUGUAAUCAAUUCUGUUAUAAGUUAAAGAUGAUGUAGGAUGACGAUUCCCCUAAAUCUUCCGGUAUCUUUGAUCACAUUCGGUUUUGCUUUUGUGGUAAUAUUAUGAGUGUUCAGUUUAACAAAAUCUUCUUUUUACUAUUUCUUUAAUGGCAUGUAACUAAAUCUGGGAUUUUUGUUCUCUCUUAUCAUGAGUUUAAUGUUUUUGUC